CGUUUGAGAGUAAAGCGAUCAUGGGCUCUUCUUCUAGAAAUCUCUAUGUAGGAAUUGGAGAAGGUCAAUCAACUUCUAGGCCACCACUCUUUGAUGGCACCAACUACUCUUAUUGGAAGGAACGGAUGAGAAUCUACAUUCGUUCCACCAACUUCCAAUUGUGGUUGGUGAUCAAAAAUGGCGAAGAAAUCCCUAUGAAGAAAGUGGGAGAAACCACGGUCCCAAAGACCGAAAACGAAUUUGAUGCCGAGGACAUCAAAAAGGUCGAGAAUUAUGAAAAGGCAAUAAACAUGCUUUAUUGUGCCGUAAAUCCUGAUGACUACCGCAAAAUCUCUUGCUGCUCAACCGCCAAGGAGAUGUGGGAUAAACUUGAGGUGACGUACAAAGGAACGGACCAAGUACGUGAAGCCAAGAUCGACUUCCUCACCCAAGAGUAUGAGAUGUUUAGAAUGAAGGAGCACGAAAACAUCGACGACAUGUUCGAUCGAUUCUCCAAGAUAGUCAACGAUCUUCAUACUUUGAAGAAGACCUACACCGAUAGGGAUCUUGUGCGAAAGAUCCUACGGAGCUUGACAUCCGAAUGGCGAUCUAAGGCCGAUGCCAUCUAUGAGUCAAUCGGCACAUCAAAUGUCACCAUCGACGGUUUAAGAGGUAACUUAAAAACGUAUGAAUCUACUAUACUUAACCCGUCUUUGAAUGACCAGAGAAAAGGCAUAGCAUUAAAAGCCUCGAAAGAACCGACAAUGAAUGACUCAAGCGAUGAUGAUGAAGUCAAGCUUGUCAUGAAGAAGUUUUGCAAACUUCUAAGAAAUAAAGAAAAGGUUGAGGAUGGCCCUGUGUGCUAUGGAUGUGGUGAAGCCAGGCACAUCAAGAACAAAUGCCCGAAAAAACACUCGCCGUUUCAAAAAGCACAGAGCAUAUAUCUCAUGGGUUUUCUUAUCAUGGGAAAGGACAAGAGCAGGGCUGCCACCUCUGGGAAAUCAAAGUCCAAAUCCCGGGCGCCUACGACAUCCACCGAGGAACGCCUCUACUAUGGUGACGGGUCAUACCUUUGGUUUGAUUCUGAGGAGGAACGCACCUGUUUCCUCACCUUCUUCUCUAAACGGGUUGUGGCUCCUCCACGGAUCAUCCCGGAGCGCUACCCGGAGCUGCAGGGCUACGACGACCUCGACGCGCAGCUCCAUCGGGCCGGCCUUUGGCCUUUCAUCUCCCGGGCUCGGAAGGAGAUCAACCCGUCGCUGAUUCGGGUCUUCUACUCCAACCUUCGGCGUGAGGGCGACAUGCUCUAUUCUCUUGUCAAGAGCAUGCCGAUAGAACUUUCAAUUGAGCAGCUUGGGCGCAUCGCCGGCCUCCCCUACCAAGGUGACGACGUCUCCCUCUAUGGCGGAGAGGACUGGGUGCUCAACAACGAGGGCCUUAUCCUCACCGAUCUUGGCAUCACCGACCUCAUCCGCCAUGCCUCGGGCCGCCCCACCAUCCACUCCGCUAACCCUGAAGGCCGUCUUCUUCUCUACAUCGUCUCCCGGAUCAUCAAACCCAGGAAGCACGGCCACACCAUCAUGUCCGGUGAAGAUCUCAAGCUCAUCCAUGCGAUCAUGCACUCGGCCCCAAUCAAUUGGGCAAAGUUUGUCAUGAUCAACAUGACGAUUGCCGCGUCCAGCGACCACGAUCACUUCCUCCCGUACCCGUUCGUGGUGAUGGACAUCCUUGAACGGUUCAAGGUGACCACCACCGUUGGCCCACUCACAAAGGCCACGAAGAUUUGGGUGAUCAGCACCCAAACCUUCAAGAAGCAUUCAGACAACGCCGGACCUGCCACUGCCGUGCAACGGCCGCGUUCUGCUGCUGGCCCAGCCGAACCCCAGGCCCGAGCCAACCUUGCCUCCAUUGCUGACUCCCUCAACCGGCUGCACUUCAAAGUUGAUGGGAUGGAUGGCUACCUUGAAAGACUUGACGAGGCGGUCCAACGCCAAGGGUACGCCAUGAACGCGUACUUCCAACGCGUUAACUACGUCCCCCCACCGUACCAUGGCACGUUCUUUGGGCAGGUGUACGGUGACAAGGAUGAAGACGAUGCCUCCUACGACCCGUCAAGCUCCCCGGACGAGGACGAGUUUGACGACGCCAUUGACGGUUUUGAUAAUGCCAAACCGCCGUGCCGCCGUGACAAUAACAAGACCUCUGCAGCGUUUCAUCAUGUUCCUCAUUCUUCUCUGCGCGUCGGACCGGAGUCAGGGGAGUUACGGCGAAGUUGUCGCCAGAGUUUCAAGGCGAGAAAUUUGAGUCCUUCGUCGGUUAAUCGAGGUUCAAACGCCGCUGUCACCGCCGAGUAGUUGAGUCGUCGUCGUGUCUUCCACCGUCGAGGAGGCUGCAGCCAUGUCGGAGGAGUUGCUGCCGCUGUCAUGGUAGUUGUCAUCGAGGGAGGGCUGCCGACGGUGGAUUUGGGUUUACCGGAUCAGGAAUUGGAUGUUAACUUUGAAGUUUGCACAGUGACCACUCAAUUUCCAAAUUCCUUACUUGGACAUUAAUGGACUUGUUAUAUACUCCGUAAUUUGGUGAUAAUAUAUGUUGAGCUCAAUUUGUAAAUUGAUCAAUCUAGUACAAUGAAUCUAAGUUUAAUUAGAUAUUAGAAAUUAAGGUCAUGCGGGUGACGUCGUACACCCGAUGGUCUCGAGGGUUAAAAACGUGUGCAUGGUGGUCAUUGACCCCUGGCGAGAGCCAGCGGGGGCCUCAACCCCCUCCAUUGUGAGAACUUUGGAGUUAUGAGUGUGGGUUUGGGCGAGAGCCUGGAUUCAAUUACUCCCAUAAGUAUGAAUUGGAUUUUAUCUAGCAGGCACAUAGAGUGAGUAUGCGUAAGAACUAAACUGAAUUAUAAGAGGAAAUAGUGGUACAGUUGGAUAAUGAUAUUUGGUGAUUCAUCUGAUAUUCUUUGAUUAUAUAUUAAUGGGUACUAGUCUAUGUUAGUUUUAGCGUUAGAUACUUCCACUCUCCCUAUUUUCACAGGUAGGGAUCAAGGAUUGGAUGAGGAGCAGCCUGGAGGACAGUGAAGCGUGAAACUGGUGGAUGGCCGAAGUUGUUUUAUUUAAAUUAAAUAUAGAUUGUUGAAUUUGUUUAUUUAAAUUACUAGAAUGUUGAAUGUUGUUUUUAAAGGCUUCCGCAACGUUCCAGUUAUUUACUCUGAUUAAACAAUGAAUUGUUUUUCAAUAACUAUGAAUGUUUAUUUUAUUUCUAAGUGUUUUUAAAAUAUUAUGCAUGUAAAUACCAAAUUGGUGACAACCCGAUUCGCUAACUCGUUGGUUCGGGUUACGCGGGUUGGGGUGUCACAUAGUGCACAUUAGCCGGAAAGGUGUCGGGUACCGGGAAGCAAUACAGACUUAAUAUUUCGAGGGAUUUUAAGUUUUACGAUAUCACCCACGACACAUGCCGCGCACGUGUCAAUUUACUAGCAUUAAACAUACAUUCACAUGCAUUCAAAAUACGCAGUAAAAACAUGUAAUGAUUGUGGCCCCUAAAGGAAAAUAAACGAUAGCUCCCACUGACUUUCAAGCACUUGGACUUCGGUCUAUCUCCAUUCCUUUAGAUUCCCUCAAACGGACUUCAAAUCUUUUAUCUUCUAACCACCACGUGAGAAAAGAAUCCUCGGUUGAGGUAAUAGAGAAAUAGAUUUACAACGAGAGUUUAAGCGAUAAGGCACGACACGCAGGCCGUAUUAUAAUCAAAUAAACUAUAGCCACAAUCAUCCACCAUGCAUAUCAUACAUCCAUACAGGCAAUAGAGAUAUACAUACAUCGGGCGAACCACGCUCGCCCCAGACAAUUCUAGAAAAGUACUACGUUGGUAAUAUUUUCAAAAAUUCAUAAAGUGGUCCAAAACUUAUGAAUUUUUACAUAGUCAUCCUAAAUACAUUAGGUGACUUUCGGCCAGGGUCAAAACUAGAAGAAAAAUUCUAGUAGAUACAAAAUUAAUGAAAUGCCCCUUUGCCAAUUUUAUUUUGAAAAAUCCAUUUAAAUUAGAAAUGAAUUUUAAAAAAUGAUGAAAAUUUAUUUUCGACUUCCAGUAACUAUUUUAGACAUUUAUAAUACUGAAAAAUAAAUUUCAAGAAUUUAU